ACAAAGAAGCUUCAUACAAUGUUAGCCUGAGUGGAGGCCCUGUCGUGGUGUAAUCGGGAUCGCCAAACCGGGGGCGUGCCUGGAGGGACGCGACUGCCGUGGGGAACCGAACUACGGCUGCCAGGAACACCGCUAUCCCACCACAAUGCAGGGCGGAGUGACCCAACACGGGAUUUUGGGGUCUCGGAACGGGAAUGCAUGGUUGCUAGCUUACGAAAUACGUCUUGGUGUUUGUUGAUGGAAAAUGUUUAUUGCAGGUGGUCGUCGCUGAUGUGGACGCUUUUUUUUCAUUCCUCUCUUCCUUCAUACCCAAAGCCAUUGAGCCCCAAUUCCACACCUAUACCAAAAAAACACUCUCAAUAUGUCGGAUAACACCAUUGUAAAGGGCGUUGCAGGAACCUGCAUCACAUUCUCCUUCAUUCUUGCCGGAAAUGCCAUCACACAGUCGUACAUGACCGUCCCCGCCCUCCUCGUCAACUUCCCUCGCCCAGGCAGCCCCGACCACAAAGAGCGCGCGCAACUUCUAGGCCGCCAGUGGCCUCUGUGCUGGACAGUCGGCAACCAAUUCUUCCGCCCUAUCUCAACCCUUGGCUUCCUGGGUUAUGCCUACGCCGGCUACUCCGUCUACCGUGAGGGCAUGCUCGCUCGCAGCGACUGGAAGCUGUUUGGUGUCGCAGCCGUCAUGCACCUGACGACUAUCCUGCACUCGGCUCUCAACAUGCAGCCGCUGAACGACAAGCUCGAGGCGUUGGCGGAGAGGAGCAACGAGAAGGAGUUGGGCGAGGCGGAGAACAUUGCUAUGAAGUGGGCGAGCUGGAACAGGCUGAGGUUGGUUACACCUGUCAUUGCUGGUGGAUUGGCGCUUUGGAACUUGGUCUCGUUGUAGAGCAAUUGGGUAGCUCUUGUUUUCUGUGACCGUAGUAGACUGGGUACUGCACACCUUAUCAUGUUGGCUUUGCUCUUUGGAGGCUUCUGAAGUUUAGCAUUUUAGCAAUGAAGCGUACAACUUAUUGGAAUCUCCAA